AUGAGCGACAUAACAUGCCGACGAUGCCAUUCUGCCAAUGAGACCCUUGGACAUGUACUAGGCCAGUGUACAUUCGUAAAGCCGCAGAGAAUUCACAGACACAACGAAAUCGUGUCUCUAUGUCGAAGUGAAUUUAUCGAUAAACACCCUGCUGGGCGUUAUAUGAUUGAAUCACCAUUUACAGUUGAUGGAAAACGGUUAAAGCCCGACCUCAUCCUAUGGGAUGCUGAGGAAUCAUAUAUCGUCGACGUUACAGUCAGACUUGAGCAGGGAAAUUCUCUCGGAAAAGCGAAUAUGGAGAAAAUCCUUAAAUAUGAGUGCCUCUACCCAGAGGUACUCAAUAUCACCGGAGCAACACACUGUCGGGUUCUCCCGAUAGUUGUGGGAUCCCGUGGUUCCCUACCCCCCAAAACCCUAUCAAACUUAUCCCUUCUCUCCAAACGCCCCAAACACACUGGCUUAACAUCAGUACUGGUUGCAUUAAGAACAUCAAUAGAAAUGAGCAAUAGGUUUUUAGACGGCUAA